GAAAUUGUUGUUUUUCAUGGUCGUUUGGCCAAAUCCAUCAAUGUAAAUGUAAACAUUAUGCCUUUGCUUCAUGUCCAUGCUGAAGGAUCAUGGUUAUCCAUGCAGUGAGGCGUCAUUUCCUGAGGGAGAGCCAUGUGUGUGGCAGCUGGGCCAGGAUGUGGCAGAGACAGAUGGGUGGCAGAGUUUACACCGAGAUGGAUUUUGACCAGGAGGAAACAAAGGCCAAGCUGCUGGGCUUCCCUGGAGGUUCCAUUGAUCUUUCCAAACAGGAGUCUGGCAUUGCUGUCCUCAAAAUCAACAACCCAUCCCACAUGAAUGCCUUUACCGGUACCAUGAUGGUGCAGUUGGAGGAAAAGGUGAGCCUCCUGGAAGAGUGGGCCGAUGGAAAAGGCCUCAUACUCCAGGGUGCUGCGGGAACGUUCUGUUCCGGAUUGGACCUCAAUGCUUUCAAACAAUUAUCCAAACCCCAAGAUGGCAUGGAGAUGUGUAUGUUUAUGCAGAAUGUUCUGACAAGACUACUCAGGCUGCCUCUGAUCUCCGUUGCCCUUGUGGAAGGGAGAGCUCUGGGUGGAGGCGCAGAACUUACCACUGCCUGUGAUUUCAGGUACACACACACCAAUUUUGAACCAUCAUUUUUUAAAAUAUUAGGGACCCCACACAUGACAAGGAAAAACAGUGUUAAAUGGUUGCUUCCUCCUCGUCAAAGUAUGUGAUGUACUCGAGGCGUCUAACACAGCACAACACACACACACGCACGCGAAAUAUCCCGAUUGCGAGUGUCUUACACCAACUGAGGGUCGUGCCACAGAAGACUGGAAAAUACAAAGAAAAAGAAGUUGGACUAUUAGUUAGCUUACAUGCUAAGUACAUUCUAAUCGUUAACUCCUCUCCUUGUGAUUUUAUUGUGGUAAAUGACACGUUAGAAAAACGCUCAACACAAGCAGUUGUCCCUCUAUUUGGCAUGGUUACUUUCAACUGUCAGCUUCAACUGUUUGCCAAGCAGUUUUGGGAGGAACAAUAACCCUGAAACACACUGCUCACAAGAUAAGUCUUUCCGAGACUUACUGUAUGCUUGGGCUCUUGCGAACCUGGAUUGAAAGAGGAGAUAUGCUUGAAUUUUGUGUACCUUUUCAUCAAACAGGAUAACCCAAUCUUGC